AUGACAUCACAGGAGGUACAUGACGCCACAAAUUCUGAGAUUAUUCGCGUCCAAUAUGAAGGAUUCGGUGAUCUAAUUAAAUUAGAUGGCAAAUCAUUUACAUUUGCCACUUUGAUUUGCGGUAAAGCAUAUCAAGAAGCAAGUAACUUAUUAAGAGAGGCUGGUAUAGAUGUACCAUCUUCACAAUACUUUUACAGGAUUCAAAAGGUGAUUCUCGAGAAAGCGAAGGAAUUAGCUGAAAAAAGUGUAAAAAAUCAUGCAUUGCAACUUGAGCCUGGAACUGUUAUCACCAUCGAUGCUCAUUUCUCGCAUGUUAGAAAUGCAGACGAGUGUGAGUUUGUAGCAAUGGGUCCUAAAGGUGACAUUGUGGCAAAAUUCGUAAUCGUUAGAUCUCGUAAAGGUAAAGCUGGAAAUUAUACUGGUGCCUCAUGCCAAAUGGAAUCUGUUGCCGCUGAUCAGGCUCUUCAAAUUUUGGAAGAUACGGUGGGAAAAGGUAUUAUUGACUUUUUUUGCCAUGAUAGGGAUAAUAAAUCCCGUAAUAUUGUUCAUAAGCAUUUUCCUGAUGCUGUUGAAUAUCAAGAUGGCUUCCAUUGCAAAAAGAAAUUCGAAUUGUGCUGGAAACGUCUUACUUCUAAUGAGUAUGCAAAAAGUGACAUGCCUAUCGUCGACUCAAAAAUUUUUCAUGGUAUCAAAAACAGACUCAAAAUAUUCUUUAAUACUUUAUUGGAUAAGCAUAUUUCCAAAGAACAGAAGCUAUUUUAUUGGCUCCACGCCGUAGAUCAUCUAAUUGGAAAUCAUUCACCAGAAUAUUGUUUACAUUCCACAAAAGAUGAAGAAAAAGAACAUUUUAUAUGGACAGCUGGACUUGA